AAAGUGAAACUCUGCUUUACAGAGGGGGAGGGAGGAAACUUGGGUCAUUGGUGUUGGAAAUUAUUCAGAGUCAUCAUGACUUCACUGCUGGGUGCAGCCUUGCUGACUUUGAGUCUGAUGUCCCCUGCCUUGGCUUUUGUUCCAAUCGGGGGAGGGACAUCCACUCAUGUCAGCAUUACUGGGACAGCCCUGCUGCAAAAGGUUGCAGAGACGUGCCAGGCGGUGGCUGAUGCAGCCGGUCAUGAGUUCAAACCUACGGGUUCUUCUCCAGGAGAGUUAGUCCAGGCCUGUCUGGGUCCCACCGCACCAGGAGAUGUCUCCGGUGCCAAGUUCCACUCAGCUCUUUGGGAGAUCUACACCCAGAACAGCCUGGUGGACCGUGACUUUGUAAACAGUCCACCACAUCACUUCAACUCCGAAGCUUUCUUAGAGGGACGUGGACUAAUCACUGAAGGCGUAGCGGCCAUCAAGGCUAACAUUCGGAAGGAGAACUUCAAAGCUGCCAGGGAAACAUUGGGCAGAGUCCUGCACACAAUACAGGAUUUCUACAGCCACAGUAACUGGGUGGAACUGGGAUACACCAAACCAUAUGUCAACCUCUUAAGACCAGACCUGCCUCUAGAAAACCUGGCAGAUGUGAACACUUCGACCUGCAGCGACUGUGCCAAUAGAAAAUGUCCUAAUCAGAUUCUCUCCAACAUCCUGAAUGAGAAGAAACUCACAUCAGGCUACAUGGGAAUCUUUUCUUCUCAGAAACCUAAAGGCAAAUGUAGCCAUGGAGGUGAAUCUGAUCUCACCAGCAACACAGUUCCUCGAGGAGGCAUCAGCAAAGACGAGCGCCGCUCUGACAAUAAGGAAUUUCAUGAUGCUGCUGUAAAUGCAGCAGUAGCUGCCAGCCUCCAACUGUUAGAAGACAUUCGUUUGGCUUCAGGCAAUCAUAACUUUUUGAGAAUGAUGGGGAUUGCUCGUUCAUCUGUGGUGUGCUUUGUCAUUGACACCACCGGCAGCAUGUCUGAUGAUAUUGAAGCAGCUAGAACGGUCAUGUAUAAAAUCAUUGACAGCAAAAAGGGAACACAAGAUGAACCAUCUGAGUACAUCCUCGUGCCCUUUAAUGACCCAGAGUUUGGGCCUAUGAUCAGGACAACUGAUGCUGAGAAAAUGAAAGGAGAAAUCUCCAAGCUCAAAGCAGCAGGUGGUGGAGACACACCAGAGAUGUGUCUAUCAGGACUUCAGCUGGCUCUCACUGGAGCCCCUUCCUCAUCCAACAUCUAUGUUUUCACUGAUGCUAUAGCCAAAGACAUUGAACUGAAAGACACAAUCAUUGCUCUCAUGAGGAGCACCAAAUCAACGGUCUCUUUCUUUAUGACAGACGCAAGCAGCAGGCGGCGGCGGUCUCUAACAAGUUCCUCCUUCAGUGACUAUAAAGACUUGGCUUUGGCAUCUGGAGGCCAGGCUAUCCAGGUGUCCAAGGCCCAACUCCCUCAGGCUACAGAUAUUAUCCUUGACACCUCAACUUCUGCUCUGGUAACAGUUCUUCAGCAAGCUACUGUUGCAGAGCAGGAGACUUUCCCUUUUGUGUUGGAUGAAUCUCUGAAAAACAUCACUAUCUACAUCACAGGAACAUCACUAACUUUCACAUUGACCAAUCCUGCUGGUGUUUCCCAGACUGACACUGAAGCCAAGGGUAAACUGGGAACCAUCCACACAGUGGGUAACCUCAGGAGAAUCCGUCUGUAUGCUGACAAGCAGUCAGGAACCUGGCAGAUCAACAUCAAAUCCAGUCAGCCAUACACACUCAAAGUCACAGGCCAGAGCACAAUUACCUUUAUCUAUGACUUUGUCGAAAAGUUCACAGGACCUCACUCAGGCUAUGCAGUACUCAGUGGACGUCCACGAGCAGAUCAGCCUGCUACCCUGGUGCUCUCAGUAAUAGGAAGAAAAGGUCCAACUUCAACAACUAUCGAAGAGGUUGGCUUGGUAACAAUGUCUGGUCCAGAGGUUGUAACCAAUGGCACAAUGACUGACAUGGGGAAUGGAGAGAUCCUGGUCACGGUUGUUGCUGUUCCUCAGCGGGAGUUUGUGCUCAUUCUGAAAGGAACAGACACAGUGUCUAACAGCAAAUUUCAGAGACAGUCUACCACCCAAAUGUCCGUCUCCAAAGUUAAUAUCCAGGCUGCAGUGGAAAGCAGUGUUGAGCCAGGGGAAACUUUUAAACUUCCCUUCAGUGUGAUGACCCAAAGUGAAGGGGGUGCAUACACCAUCAGCGCCCGAAAUGACAGAGACUUUCCUAUGUCAUACCCCAAAACACUCAGUUUGUUAAGUGGAGAAUAUGCUAAUGCUACACUGACUAUUACACCAACUGCUGGCACAGAAUCAGGCACUGAUGUCACUCUGACUAUUGAAGCCAAAUCAUCAAAUGGCAUUGAUUCCAAUUACGCUGUUCUGAGACUGUCUGUUGUCAAUAAGAUCACAGAUUUUAUUCCACCAAAGUGUGAAGUGACGACCAUAGUGGCAAAUUGCCCUCAUGAUGUCUCAAAAUGUGGACCUUUCCAGUGGGAGCUCUCUGCCAACUUCACUGAUCAAAAUGGCACUCGGAUUCAAAGCAUUUCCUUGAUUCAAGGCAAUGGGAAUUUGACACACACCACUCUGAAUGCUUCUGUCGUCCAAGCGUACUACAGCGCCUCCUGCUGUUCUCAGAUCGUCCAGAUUGUAGCUGUAGAUAAGGCUGGCAAUGUGGGCAAAUGCUACCACUCGAUCAUUCGUUCACACAGUUUUCCUACUACAACUCUGUCGUUGCCACUAUGGCUUUGCCUUUUGGCUUCUAUUUUUGUGGUAAGGCCUUAAAGAAGUUUACAAGAUAUCAUGAUAAAUGUUCAGUAUAUCUUGUAAAUUAUUUUGUUUUGAAAAAAAAGCCUACUUACGCUAUUGCCUCUUAUUAAAUAUUUUACAGUUUGUAGGAGCUAUUUCUCCAUUAUUUUCAGUUAAAGUUUAGAAUGUAGAUUAUUUAGUUUAUUUUUUGUUUUGUAGUCGAUUUAUAAUUAGAAUGUUUAUUUUGUUGUUCUAAAUAAGUUGUUGGUUAGUAAUUCACUUAAUAAGUUACUUGAUUUCAGUUUGGGAAGUGGGUGUGUUUCACAGUAUAAAUACGUAGAGUUUAGAUGAGUCUAGAGGCAUAUGGGUGGUCUUAUGGUUUUUUACCUGUCUGUCAUCAGUCAGUUAGUCAGUUUUAUCAGUGAGAACAGGUGCAGGAGUUAGGUUAGGUUUAUCCGAAGCCUGUAACUUGUUUUUAGCCAAAAAACUGAAUAAAAGUAAAUAAAGAGCUGCAUUUUGACUGUUUUGACCUUUUGUUUGGAUGGGGUAAACCAGAACCCAUGAUGCACAGUAUUGACUGUUUGAGUUUAUUUCAUUUUGCUUUGAUCACUUUUGAGAUUUGAAUUUUUUCAAUUUUGGAAUUAAGUUUUAGGGACAAAUAGUCAAUACACAGUUUGUUAACUUAAAACUAUUUGCUUUUCACUAUUGUGAUGACAUUCAUUACACACCUUGUUGGUGCUGCAAUAGCACCAACAAUGACUUGCAGGCUGAAUAAGUUAGGUCAUUGCUACUAAGCAGAAUUAAAUACAACGCUGCAACUUGGUCUUUAAUGCUUAAGAGUCAAGUACUAGAUAUCUGGAUCACUACUAAAUAUUACCAAUGCAGUAAAAUGAAUGCAUGAUUAAAAAGUGACUCUUUAACCCUGCUUCACAGAGGAAGCCCCUUAGGACACUUUUGUGUCCAUUUAGAUGAGUGAACAAAUAACUUCUUCAAAAAUGUUUGACCUGUUCAUGAGAAUUAGAUGCCAUGUCUUGUACAUUAUAUAUACAAGUAAACUACAGCACACAUCACCAAAGAUUAAGGCAUCACAUAACUGAUGUAUUACCAAAUAAAAUGGAACAUUUCACUA